AUGGCUCAAGACGAUCCCCAUGGCCACCAGGACACCACCGCCUCCAACGAACCGCCGGCGACCGUCACCUACAUCCUGAGUCCCGGUGACAACGACAACGACGGGUCCUGGACCUGGACUGGCAGCCCGGUGGACACGGAUGCCAGCAAGGGGAUGGAAGUCACCGCGAAUGUCCACGGGGAAGAGCGUGGCUCGGCCGGCGGCAGCCACGCCAACGUCGGCCGAUCCAAAGGAAAGCGCUCAGCAGCGGACGUAGCCGCCGCCGACGCCGCCAACGACCACUUAUCCAAGGGUAAGAGCUCAGCUGCCGACGACGGCGCCGGCGCCGGCGACAGGGCGCUCAUCAUCACGGAGCGGGAGCGGCGGAAGCGGAUGAAGAACAUGUUCAGCAGCCUGCACGCAUUCCUCCCCCACAUCCCCGAGAAGAGCGACAAGGCGACCAUAGUCGGGGAGGCGAUCGGAUACAUCAGGGUCCUGGAGGACAAGGUGGCGAUGAGAAAGCAGGAGCUCGUGCUCGCGCGGCAAGCCGCCGCCGCCGAGGUCAGGGCCUCGUCUUCGUCGGCGCCAUCGCACCCCGCGCAGGGAGCUGCCAUGUCUUUGGUCGUCCCGCAUGGUCGGGGCCAGCUUCCACAGCAGCAGCAGCAGCGGCCGGCUGCGGCCAUGACACCGCCACCACAGCUCACCGCGGCGCCGGUCGGGUUCCAGACGUGGUGGGGGCCGAACGUCGUGCUCAGCGUGUCGGACGACGACGCGUACAUCAACCUGUGCGCGCCACGGCGCGCCGGCGUGCUAACGCUGGUGCUGUCCGUGCUGGACAAGCACCGGAUCGACGUGGUCACGACGCAUGUCGCGUCCGACGGUGUCAGGAGCAUGUUCACCAUCCAUGCCCGUGUGAAUGAGGCGAACGGCGAGAACCCGGCGUCAGAGGAGAUAUACAAGCUGGCGGUGUCCGAGAUCAUGGACUGGCUCCUGAACUAAGGCUGAUGCAGCCGUCAGGAGGCGUCUCAUGCUGCGCAGUUCGCUUGUCAACCUGCUGCUCAGUUUGCAGCCUCUGGAGCAACCGAACUAGUAUACCUCAUUUGCAUUUGUCACUGGAUGAUUUGAGCUUCCUGCGU